AAUUCGUUUACGCUCAGUAACCACACUUGUAACCUGGCACGAUCUCGGUAUUGUUUUAAUAUCAUGAGAUCUGUGGAGAUAUGACUGAGAAACUUAUUUUGUAAAUAGUUUUUAAUAUUAUUUGUAGUUGUUUUGUCAAUUUUUCACUGUAUGUACAUUUAUCAUUAAAUGACUGUGCGUGUUGUUUUAGUCAAUGACCUUGAACACUUUUUCCGUUGUGAUACUACAUAGCGUGACACACUUUUGGUUGUUCGCAAAUACACUAUUACACACACACGCUGCUUGUUCUAUUCUCACGCGUUAUCAAGCUUAUCGCAUUCUAAAUCAAAUAUUAUCCACAUUUUAGACUGUUGUGCCAUAUCUACUACACCCUACGUCAAAGAAACUUACUGGAGUUAUAUUUACCUCAUUGGAAUUAUUACUCAUUUAUAAUUGUGGAUUUUUGGGACCAAAACUCAACGGAACACGCAACAACUAGCUGAUUUAAGUAACGUCCCUGAACUUUUAUUUUGUGUUGCUAAUUUAUAAAUUGUUAUUGUUACAUUAACUUUUGGACGUAAUAACUUUAUCGCUAAUUUUUGGUUAUUAUACUUUUUGGUCCACCACAAUUAUUUGGUGAACCUCGAUUUUUUUUAUAGACAUCUAAUAUAUAUAUCUACAUAUUUUUUUUAAUUAUUAUUAUUAAUUGGCACGACACCAUUUUUUGUUUUUGACAUUAUGAACUCUCCUAAUAAACUUAUCGAUAUAGAUAGCCCAUCAACCAACCCCUUUCAUUCAUCACAGCCAGAAGAUAAUGUUUUAAACUCGAUCAACGCUAUUUCUGAACUAAGAUUACCAACAUACGGUGUCAACAACCCUAGAAUUUGGUUUGCUCAAGUUGAGGCACUAUUUUUGGCGGGGGUAUACGUUCGCAGGCGACUAAAUAUGCCCACGUCGUCGGUGCACUACCUAUAGAAGUAGCAACGGAAGUUGGUGACCUAAUUGACAACGUACCGGAAACUGACCCUUAUGACAAGAUAAAAGCUGCAGUAAUCCAACGCACAUCGCUGUCAGACGAAAAACGUUUACAACAACUGCUUACCUCGUGCGAGCUAAGGGAUAAGAGACCUUCACAGUUACUCCGACACAUGCGACAGCCAGCCGGCCCAUACAAAUUAGACGAGACGCUGCUUAAGCAAAUGUGGUUACAAAGGUUACCACAUAAUGUUAGACAAAUUCUCAGUAUUUCAGGAACUUCUGUCACUCUCGACGACUUAGUUGAUAUGGCUGAUAAGAUGAUGGAAAUAUAUCCCGAUAGUCGGGGAAUUAACGCGGUACAAUCCUCUAGUAGAGACGCUAUGAACCCCCCUCUUGACAUCCAACAACAAAUAACACAGUUAACACAGCAGCUAGCAUCACUGCAGGCGACUAUUUCCACCAUCCAUUCUCGACCCCCCAGAUCUACAUCCAGAAGGAGAUCAGUAUCCAGACAUCGUCUUAGGUCACCUAAGCGGGCAGCCGGAAUUUGUUGGUAUCAUUCGAAUUAUGGUGAGAAAGCACGUCGUUGCACAAAACCGUGCAACUUCACGACAAACAAGCCAGACCAUCAGGGAAACGAAGUGGCCAGACAGUAAUGGCGGCAGCUGUUACUGGCCAACAUGUUAGCCGCCUCUUCCACAUCAGGGAUCGUAUUUCUGGCUCAGACUUUUUAGCCGAUACUGGAGCAGAAAUCAGCAUCAUCCCACUCCAUCUCUCACGCAGACAACUUACGACAAGCACUAAAUUGUCCUUAGUAGCGGCUAAUGAAUCAAUUAUCAAAACGUACGGUGAGCAAUCACUUAUAUUAGACCUCGGACUCCGCAGAAGAUUUACAUGGGUUUUCAUAGUUGCUCAUGUCAAACGACCCAUCCUCGGAGCCGACUUCCUUAGUGCGUACAACUUGUUAGUAGAUAUGACUAAGAAGAGAUUGAUCGAUGCAAAUACACGUUUACAGGUAGAUGGUACACCUUCCAACGACUGUUAAAUCCAUGGUGUGCGAAUAAUGAAGCCUGUGAACAACGUUUUCAAUGACAUUCUGUCAGAAUACGAAUGCAUCACGAAAUCAGAUUAUCAAAAGGAAUGUAAUUCACAUCAGGUGCAACACCACAUCAUUACCACCGGCCCACCUAUUAGCGCCAGGGCGAGGAGACUACCGCCAAGCAAGUUGCAAGUAGCUAAAAUAGAAUUCGAACAUAUGAUGCAACUUGGUAUUAUCAGACCAUCCAACAGCCCUUGGGCCUCGCCGUUACACAUGGUACUAAAGAAGGACCCAGAUUGGCGUCCGUGUGGUGACUAUCGACGAUUAAACAAUCAAACCAUUCCCGACAAGUACCCAAUUCCGCAUAUACAUGAUUUUUCAUUAAACCUACACGGUAAAUGCAUUUUUUCGAAGCUCGACCUAGUGCGAGCAUAUCACCAAAUUCCAAUGGCACCGGAAGACAUUGAGAAAACAGCCAUAAUAACACCUUUUGGUUUGUUUGAGUUUCUAAGGAUGCCAUUCGGACUAAAAAACCCUGCGCAGACAUUCCAACGCUUCAUCAAUAACGUAACAAGAGUCCUUGAUUUCGUGUUUGCCUACAUCGAUGACGUUCUGAUUGCAAGCUCAUCUUUAGGAGAGCAUAUCCAACAUAUCCAGAUCCUUUUUGAUCGUUUUAAAAAACAUGGCGUCGUCAUCAAUCCUUCGAGAUGCAACGACGUGCUUUCUCACCAUAAUUCGAAUGAUACCAACAAAUUCCGGCUGCCCGCUUAGGUGACCUAAGACGAUGUCUGGAUACUGAUCUCCUUCUGGAUGUAGAUCUGGGGGGUCGAGAAUGGAUGGUGGAAAUAGUCGCCUGCAGUGAUGCUAGCUGCUGUGUUAACUGUGUUAUUUGUUGUUGGAUGUCAAGAGGGGGUUCAUAGCGUCUCUACUAGAGGAUUGUACCGCGUUAAUUCCCCGACUAUCGGGAUAUAUUUCCAUCAUCUUAUCAGCCAUAUCAACUAAGUCGUCGAGAGUGACAGAAGUUCCUGAAAUACUGAGAAUUUGUCUAACAUUAUGUGGUAACCUUUGUAACCACAUUUGCUUAAGCAGCGUCUCGUCUAAUUUGUAUGGGCCGGCUGGCUGUCGCAUGUGUCGGAGUAACUGUGAAGGUCUCUUAUCCCUUAGCUCGCACGAGGUAAGCAGUUGUUGUAAACGUUUUUCGUCUGACAGCGAUGUGCGUUGGAUUACUGCAGCUUUUAUCUUGUCAUAAGGGUCAGUUUCCGGUACGUUGUCAAUUAGGUCACCAACUUCCGUUGCUACUUCUAUAGGUAGUGCACCGACGACGUGGGCAUAUUUAGUCGCCUGCGAACGUAUACCCCCGCCAAAAAUAGUGCCUCAACUUGAGCAAACCAAAUUCUAGGGUUGUUGACACCGUAUGUUGGUAAUCUUAGUUCAGAAAUAGCGUUGAUCGAGUUUAAAACAUUAUCUUCUGGCUGUGAUGAAUGAAAGGGGUUGGUUGAUGGGCUAUCUAUAUCGAUAAGUUUAUUAGGAGAGUUCAUAAUGUCAAAAACAAAAAAUGGUGUCGUGCCAAUUAAUAAUAAUAAUUAAAAAAAAUAUGUAGAUAUAUAUAUUAGAUGUCUAUAAAAAAAUCGAGGUUCACCAAAUAAUUGUGGUGGACCAAAAAGUAUAAUAACCAAAAAUUAGCGAUAAAGUUAUUACGUCCAAAAGUUAAUGUAACAAUAACAAUUUAUAAAUUAGCAACACAAAAUAAAAGUUCAGGGACGUUACUUAAAUCAGCUAGUUGUUGCGUGUUCCGUUGAGUUUUGGUCCCAAAAAUCCACAAUUAUAAAUGAGUAAUAAUUCCAAUGAGGUAAAUAUAACUCCAGUAAGUUUCUUUGACGUAGGGUGUAGUAGAUAUGGCACAACAGUCUAAAAUGUGGAUAAUAUUUGAUUUAGAAUGCGAUAAGCUUGAUAACGCGUGAGAAUAGAACAAGCAGCGUGUGUGUGUAAUAGUGUAUUUGCGAACAACCAAAAGUGUGUCACGCUAUGUAGUAUCACAACGGAAAAAGUGUUCAAGGUCAUUGACUAAAACAACACGCACAGUCAUUUAAUGAUAAAUGUACAUACAGUGAAAAAUUGACAAAACAACUACAAAUAAUAUUAAAAACUAUUUACAAAAUAAGUUUCUCAGUCGUAUCUCCACAGGUCGCCCACAAAUACAUCUCGACUACAACUAUCAACUGCCUUCUAAUAUUUGGCUUACGAGGAAUCUCAUUGGUUAACUGUCACGUAGCCUUCCUGUAGUGGUGACCAUAGUCAACCGCGACUCGACGCCACACUACAACCUGGUGUUAUCUGUUGCUCAGUGAAAUUACAAAUUAUGGACAACCCUGAGCGAUAUCAAGUUGCAUAUGGCGAGUAAUAGUUUAAUCAAUAGGAAUGUGAAUGAAAUAGGAAGUUGAUUUUUUCCCAACCGUGUGUGACACGUAUCCAUAUCUUAAGAUGGAUUAUGUAUGUCCAUUCAGAAACUCAUUUAAUUCUUGUUGUUAAAUACAACUCAGUUUAGUUUAUACAAAUCUGAUUGUUAAUCCAACGAAAUAAAUUACAUAAAAUAUGAUGUGUUCUCAAAUCAUUUCGAUUAAUUUUGGAAAUCGAGCAAAUCCUUAUAACAGUCUUUUGUUUUACAUUUCGCGGCUUUUCCUCUGUGUUCAAGUUGCCGUGUAGAUUCAGCCUAGGGUUAUUGGCAGUGGCUAGCAAAUUGAGUCGAACUUUAUCCAAGUCGACAAUGAGAAACUUCAAUCGCUUAAUAGUUUAUAAUAGAUUUGUGAAUUAGUGUGGGAAAUUAGAAUCAGGAGUUAAGGUUAUGAAUCAAAGUUAGGGUUAUCACUACAAACUGCUAUUAAAUAUGAUGCUUGAAUACUAAUUAGUCACAUGUAUGAGUGAAAGUCUAAAGGAUGCUGUCUUAAAUCUAAAGAUGCCAGAAGUAUUUGGAGAUCGAAAAUGCCUUAACCAGUAGCACCUCUUAUAAUCGAAAUAUGCCAACCCAAUUAAACCAAAAGUCAGAAGUGAAGAGGUUCGAAGAUAUUUUUGAUAGGCCAUCGAUAUAUAAAGAAAUAAUCAAUCUAAGCUGGUAAGCUGUUGUAGGAAAUGUGACGCAUGGCGUAACCACCCGUGAUCUGGUGCGGAAGCGUGACCGAGUGCUUUCACAUAGGUGGGUCCAUUAAGACUGAUGCGGCCGGCAUCAAAUGUCGAAGACUUACAACGCUAUUGGUUUUUGGGAUUCGUUUACCGCUACAAAUCUAACUUGUUCAUUCAUUAAUUACAGAGAGACUUAUUAAAUUCGAAACAUGUUUACUUAUAAGAAUCCGGUCUUGGAGACCAACCACUAUCUUUUCACAUAAUCCAUGGCAGUUCACGAGACAGACUACUCAAUCCAUGGUGUUUGUAGAAGAGGUAUAUCUCGUGGUACUUCAGAUUGUAGGAUGGUAAAUAAUCUCACUGAGGUUAGAUCGUAUAAUUUUGUAGUAAUAAAAAGACAUUGCCUCGUCUAAUAAUGAAAAAUAUGAAAUCUCUUAAAGAUGAUUGCUAGGGUUGAAGCUAUCACGAGUUCACUUGAUCUGCGAACGAGAAACAAGAUUCGGUGAUCAAAGACCAGUAAGCUAGCUAUUGAUGCGUCCCAGCCCCGCUAACUAGAGGGAGAAGUCCAAGCUUGUAAUGGGGAAGUAUAUUCUGCAAACAGCCAGAAACGAGCUAUAACAACAAACACAAUUCAAAACGUAUAUAUACAGUACAAAACCGUCCUUGGGGAGAGUUACCAAAUAGCAUACUAAAAGACACGACGGACCAAUAGCAUUUAAGAUAUUUCCCAGUGUGUAAUACGACAUGAAAGUGAGAAGAGCGCCUUUGGCACGAAAACAAAGAAAUUCAAAUUUUCUGAAUAAAAUUACAAAAUUAUGUCCUUUCCCAAGUGAGUUCUAGGGAUCUAACGUUCCCAACAAUGGUGUAAUUACACUCUUCAAAAUAUGACCGAUAUCACAUAUUAAUCAUGACAAUUAAUUUUUGUGUAUUGCUAUGCACACGAACAAAAUAUUUUGAGGACGGGUACAUUUAUUUGUAAAAUGUCAAAUAAUAUAAAAGCAUACAGUACUUUUUUAGACAAAUAUUAAAAAUUAUUCAGUUUUUUUAUGUUGCCAAAAGUAUGGCAACUAAGGUUCAGUGUACGUUUGACCUUGAAACGGUGAAACGACGUUUGGCCGACGUUGAAAAGACUUUGAGAAUGUUCACCUAUUUAUUAGGGCUAAAUGAGGGUUAUAAACCAGUGUGAGGUUUCAUCACGAAUUGACACCAGCUAAAAUGAUAAAACACCAUUUAGCCAAAUAGAUGAAUGUAUCUCAUGCCAAAGUCCAGAACUCGUUAUCUUCUAUGUAAUUGGUUCAUCCAUAAAUUUUAGUCUCUGUCCUUCGAAACUAUCUAAGCAACUGAAAGAGAAAAUAAUGAUAAAC